ACACGCAGAGUACGUUAAUGUUCAGACAAAGGGGUGUAACCUCGUAACGUUUGCUCAUGUUGUUAUUCCUCACGGAGAAGAAGCUUGUCCCGCGAGUGUUUUGCGUUUAACCGCGGUGUUUUAAUACCUGUAUAACCGUAUACAUACGAAGCAGUCGAAGUUGCGAGUUUAGAGACCUUGUGGGGCUAUUCUUAGUCCCUCGUGUGACUGUAAAUACAUGUAUUGUUAGUUGCGGGCUGUGUACGACUGCAUAUGGUCCUCGAGUAGGACACACACACACUGGAGUGUCAUGGCUGCCUUCGCGCUAAACACAUUCGAAGCCUUGUAUCCAAAUGAAACCGUUAUCACGGCAGUUGUGUUUCAUAAUUCGGGUUUUGCCUGCGAAUCCCGCCUUAAUUUUUCACUUGACCUUUCAAACGGACUUUGGAGAGUGGCUUAAGAAAGUUUUCACCGACUUUAUUUGUGGAUUAAAGGCUAACAAUGACACUGAAGCAGCUGGGCCCAAGAGACGGUCUGAGAGACUUCAAGGUAAACCCCAAACGCCAAAGUCUGAGCCCAAGCCAAAAGUGAAGAAGGCACCUGCAAAGGGCAAGAAGGCUAAGGAGGUAGAAAAAGCCAAACCAGAGGAGAAAGAGGACGCAAAGCCAGAGACUGAGUCUGAGGAGGAAACUCCUGCGGAGAACGGAGAGACCAAAGAUGAGGGGGACAAUGGAGAAGCAGGAGGCGAGGAGGAAAAGGCUGACUAGAAAGAGGGAGCUGCUAAAUAACAUGAAAACAUUUCACAGGAGCUCCCAUACCUCUUUUCUUGUACAAUACAAAGGAAUAUUUUUAUUGACUAUUUUCUAAAAAGCAGGUUUUUUAGUAGUUCAAUAUUAGAAGCUCAUUUUAUAGACCACGAUCAAGAGAAAAGCCUUAGAAGAGGGAUUCCAUUUUUUCCCCCCACUCCAGUUUUUCCUGAAGAAGAAUUGCAGUCAUGAAACAACUAAUGACUUCCUCAUUAUUAUUAUUAUUAUUUGAUUUUUAUUUUUUUCUGACUCGGUUUUGUUUUUAAAAAGGGAGGGGAGUGGAACAGGUUGCGGCAGAUAAUGUAAUGUAAUGUGAUCAUGCCAUUUUUAAAGAU